CUGCAGCGGCCACGGGUUCGACUCUGACCUCUGCCCUUUGCGGCGUGUCGCCCCCCACUCUCUCCUCCUUCACACUGCACACUGUCCUGUCAUUAAAGGGUUCAAACAAUAUCUUCUAAAUUCUAAAAAUAAAAUAAAUAAUUAAAAACAGGAUUAAAAAAUGUUCCUUCACACACUCGGGGAGAAGCAGCCGGUGAUGGACGUGAUGGAGGAGGAGGAGAGGACGUGGCACUGUGGACGCUGUGGGGUGACUCGCUCCAGAAGAUGGCAGUAGUGCAUCGUGAAGGGUGCAAGCUGCCCUGAAAAGCCAGAGAAGAAAAGGGAACGCUGCGAAGUUGGCACAGACACCAGUCCGUGUGAAUGUCGAGACGACGUGUGACGGGACGAGCCGGUGGCGAUGAUCGAACCGUCCGGACGUGGAGCCUGUCCCGGGGGAGGGGACAGUGAGACCGGUUCACAUGGGACAGUCGAGCCCUGAGGACGGGACCGGACACCGUGUGGUUCGAGCCCAGUGGCGAGCCUCCUCCCGCCGCACCGACAACACGUCAGCACCUCCGGACAACGGCGGCAUUCAUGUGUCCACCGGCUCUGGUCCAGGGAAACCGCGAUGGCUCUGAGACCGAGGAGGCCGUGGGCCACCGUGAUCCUCGGCGUCUUCCUCGGAUUCACCGCGUCCUCGUGGCUCAUCGUGCCGCAGGUCCUGGAGAGCCGAGGGAGACGCUCCCCCGCGUGUUACCACGGUAACGCUCCCGACAUCCUCGCGCGCAUCGCGGGCGGCACAGCCCGGGACGGCCCGAAGCGGAGUCGGGGGGGUGACGUCAUAUUCAACCAUGGAAACAGUAGCGGAGCCAACGGGGGGAGGGACACCGGGGGGGGAGACACCGGGGGGAGGGACACCGGGGGUAGAGACACCGGGGGAAGAGACACCGGGGGGAGAGACACCGGGGGAAGAGACACCGGGGGGAGGGACACCGGGGGUAGAGACACCGGGGGGAGGGACACCGGGGGGAGAGACACCGGGGGAAGAGACACCGGGGGGAGGGACACCGGGGGGAGAGACACCGGGGGUAGAGACACCGGGGGGAGAGACACCGGGGGGAGGGACACCGGGGGUAGAGACACCGGGGGGAGAGACACCGGGGGGAGGGACACCGGGGGAAGAGACACCGGGGGUAGAGACACCGGGGGUAGAGACACCGGGGGAAGAGACACCGGGGGGAGGGACACCGGGAGACCGACGCGUUUCCUCUACGUCGGCGUGAUGACGGCCAAGAAAUAUCUGCGCUCCCGCGCCGUCGCCGCGUACAAGACCUGGGCCGGUUCCAUCCCGGGGAGGGUGGAGUUCUUCUCCAGCGCCGGGUCCGGCGCGGUCCCCCUGGCCGCCCCGGUGCCGGUGGUGUCUCUGGCCGGUGUGGACGACUCGUACCCGCCGCAGAAGAAGUCGUUCAUGAUGCUGAAGUACAUCCACGACCACUACCUGCACCAGUACGAGUGGUUCAUGCGCGCAGACGACGACGUCUAUAUAAGAGGUGAGAAGCUGGAGUUGUUCUUGCGCUCACUGAACAGCAGCAAGCCCCUCUACCUGGGCCAGACGGGCCUGGGCACGGCGGAGGAGCUGGGCAGGUUGGCCCUCGAGCCAGGAGAGAACUUCUGCAUGGGGGGCCCCGGGAUGAUCUUCAGUCGAGAAGUGCUGCGCCGGAUGGUCCCGCACAUCAGCACCUGUCUGAGGGAGAUGUACACCACCCACGAGGAUGUGGAGGUGGGCCGCUGUGUGCGUCGCUUCGGAGGAACACAGUGUGUGUGGUCUUAUGAGAUGCAGCAGCUCUUCUAUGAGAACUAUGAACACAACAAGAAAGGUUUCAUUGAAGAACUUCACAGUAGCAAGAUCCACAAUGCCAUCACACUCCACCCCAACAAGAAGCCGGCCUACCAGUACCGGCUGCACAGCUUCAUGCUGAGCCGUGAGAUCUCCAGGCUCCGUUACCGCACCGUCCUGCUGCACCGUGACGGCCUGGUCAUGAGUUACCUCGGUGACACAGAGGUUCUGUGGGAGGACCUGCAGCUGGGCUCCCCGCCUUCCUACAUGCGUUAUCGGCCCAAUGAGAGAAAUGAUGUCAUUGAGUGGGAUUUCCUGACGGGCCGUCACAUAUUUUCUGCGGUUGAGAACAAGACAGUGCGACAAAGCCUUGGGAACUUGCUUUGGACUGCACUCGAAGACAUUAUACUGCAGGUCAUGGGAAUGAUUAAUAAGAAUUCAAAAACACGUGGCCGUAUGAUUGAUUUUAAGGAGAUUCAGUAUGGCUACUACAGAGUUGAUCCGAUGCACGGGGCUGAAUACGUCUUGGACUUACUGCUUCUCUACAAGAAACAUAAGGGACGUAAGAUCACCGUGCCUGUGAGGCGGCAUGCUUACCUCCAGCAGCCCUUCAGCCGACCCUACUUUUCUGAAUCUGAAGAAUUAGAUGUGGUCGAACUUGUGGCUGCCAUCAACUCUGAAUCCCAGUCUCUGUCUUUCCUGUCCAACUCCCUGAAGUUCCUGGCACCGUUCCAGUUCUACGAAUCGACCAGAGAAAUGUGGAAGCAAAGCCAGAGGAAGGUCAAUAUCGUCGUCCCAUUGUCCGGUCGAUACGACACCUUUGUCCACUUCAUGGAGAACUUUGAGAAAGUCUGCUUGGUGGCCAAACAAAAUGUUAGGCUGUCUCUUGUUCUUGUGGACAGUGAGAGCAACCAGAGCAGUGGGAAACAUAUUCAGUUAAUCAAAGCUUACCGUAAGAAGUAUCCCACCGCUGACCUUUCUGUAAUCCCAAUGACAGGCAACUUCUCGCGAGGCCUGGGUCUGGAGCUGGCCUCCUCGAAGCUUGAUAACAACACAUUACUGUUCUUCUGUGAUGUUGAUCUCAUCUUUACUGGUGAGGCCCUGCAGCACUGCAGAGACAACGCUGUCCAGGGAAGACAGGUCUAUUUCCCUGUUGUCUUCAGUCAGUACAACCCCAGGAUGGUGUAUGCUGAGAAGACCCUGAGAGAAAACAAUUUAGUGCUCACCAAGAAAAGUGGUUUCUGGCGAGAUUAUGGCUUUGGAAUCACAUGCGUUUUCAAGAGUGAUCUUCUGAGAGCUGGAGGUUUCAACACUUCAAUCCAAGGCUGGGGAUUGGAAGAUGUGGACCUGUUCACAAAAGUUAUUCAUUCUGGUUUAAAGGUGAUGCGCAGUCAGGAACCAGGAAUUGUCCACAUUUAUCAUCCUGUCCACUGCAACACAAGCCUGGAGCAGAGACAAUACAAAAUGUGCCUUGGGUCAAGAGCGAGUACAUUUGCGUCGACAAUGCAGUUAGCAGAGCUGUGGCUGGAGAAACAUGUAGACACGGGGUAUAACAGAACUUCAUCCUGACAUUCAAGACCUCCCCGGUCCUCACACUGUGUGUGUUGUAAUGUGACUGUGGGUGACGUGUCAAAACAGAUGGACCAAACCAUUUCAAACCCUGCAGGUCGACCCACUGACACAUGGAUCCAGAGGAAAUGGUCCAAGAACAGAACAGAGUCCAAGACACAGAUAUCUGUUACCUUCUCCAGUCCCGGACCAGUUGGGGAAACCACAGACACAUAGAGGUUGCCUGUUGGCUGUUACAUCGGACAUUGAACAAUUGACUUCAGUAUCACAGAUUUAUUAUUCACAAAUCUGGAGUCUUGUGACCUUUACUGCAGUUACUUACCAGAGGUUUCGCUUAAUGUUAAUUCUAAAUACGGUUGGCUGGUGUCAAAUGAUAUAUAACAGGAAAUGCAAUCAAAAGAAAAAUACUAAUAUUACAGUAUAUUCAAAUCUUUAGUAGUGUAAAGGUGUCACACAAAGUCCUACCUUACUGUGUUGCAGGAUACAGCAGUAUCCCCAUGUGCAUGCGUGCGUGCGUGCGUGCGUUGGCCAUUACGGGUUGAAUUAGUUUCCAUUAAUGCCAAACAAUUCAUCAGGUUCCUCUCUGAGUCGUGAGGUUCAGUUUCAGUCAUCGAACUGUAGAGGAAAGGUAGGACACUUUGUACAAGGUGCACAAUAUUUAUUGCGAUGUAAGCAUUUGCUUAAAUCUGUGUAAAUUGAUUUUCAAACUUGUCUAAAUUUCUGUUUUGACACAAGCCCACUUUCUUGUUGACAGGUGGAGCAGUGCCAGGGAAGUGAAGAUGGGCUUUAGUCAUUUGUUGGUCUAAAGACAUUUAGACAUCCAGGUUAAAACUGGGAUAACAUUGGUUGAAUUUUUCCCCCCAAUGUGUUUCAGUGUGUAUGUCCGCCUCGACACUGCUGUUGAAACAGUUGUAUAUAACCUAGAUGCCCCAAAAAAGACACUUUGUCAUCGGUGCUGACUGAAGCGUCACAUGAGAGACUGUAGUGCAACAUGUGACUCGCUGAGUUAUAGUUGUGAUCAAGAUCAACGCAGCAUGAGGGAUGUGUUUGAUGUGGGUGGGGCCUCUAAGUGACAGCCCCUUGACUCCACUGCUGUGUAAUAAAAGUAUAAAGGCUAGGAGUGACGUGAGUGACGCAUCACACCUGGACGGCUCCAAGUACAGGUGUGAGCGCACCAAGGCACCAACUGCCACAUUUAUUUAUUGUCAAGUGGGUAGAAUCUUAUUAUUAUAUUGACAACAGGCCCAUCUGUACAGUGAGACAGGUUCAAAACUUCAUCAUUUGGUCUGAGCAGAAAUAAUGUAAUUGAGCGGGAAGUGAGAUCCGAUCACAAGUGACCACAGGAGACCCAUUCAGGACGUUGUUUACUCUAGGACCGAUGUUAACACCAGGUGUGAACAGGUCCAAAGUGUUUAAGGUGAUCCUGAAGGCCACACGAAGGGGUGAGACACUACGAACUGAUGAUUAGGGUCUCUCCUCAUUCACGGUUCACAAGGUUAUUCACAAGAAGUGAUGGGUUGAGUUGUGUGAAGUAUGAAAUGAGAAAGACUGACAUAUGAGUUCAAACUACUUCCCAACAUCUGGCCUGUCCCCACAUAAAGUUGGUCGGACACAGGUCCAUGUGGUGGACUACAUCAUUCAGAUCCAGAUCCUCUGAUGGUCAAUCAAACUGUUCUUGUGUCAUUCAGCUCUACAGUAUCUUCUAACGGACAUAGUCAGACUAAACAAGGGAUAUUUUCUCAGCCAGGGCUUUUGCUUGACUUUUUACUGCUAUAGUUAUGAUGACGUUUACAGUUCGGCCUCAGGACCAUGUGUUAUCACCUGUAUGUGGUGCUCACUGCCUAUCACCAAAAGGAAUAAUCUCGGAAAUACUGUAAUAGCUGGAGCAAUCUGAAUUAAACUGGUUCCUCCUGGAGCGUAUUUCUGUCACCAUUCAAAAAGAAAAAUGCAAUCCUUUUCACAUCAUAGCAGGAUAUUUCUGUAUUUCUCUUGAAUCACUUCAUACCAAAUUAUUCAGCAUCAAAAUGAGAAACUGAGUUAUGACUAUGAUAUUUUUGUCAUGAGUGCAGCAGCUUUUGUCAGACCUCUGAGUUGCUGUACAUUCCUGUUUUAUCAGCAAUACAAACAAAAUAAAA